UCUUUCAGUGUUUCAGCAUCUACACAACCCUGACCGUGCUUCAUUUUUUUUCUUCUUCUCAUCGAGCCACCACCUAAAACGCCGCUCCUGUUUGGCCAAGCGCGCUGCGACGCCCUGCGAAUUUACUUCAGUGCGUCCAGCCACAGUCUCUGGGCUACUUUCUAUGCAAGACAGCUAGAGGAUUUUAGGGGCUGAUCAGGCGUCGGAGCAAAAUAGGCUAAACUUAAAUGACUUCCGAUCACGAAAUGAUAAGACAGCGUGUGAAAGCGCUUCUGGACAAACCUGGGAAUGGGAACUGUGCCGACUGUGGAGCUGCAGGCCCGGAGUGGGCAUCGUACACCCUUGGCGUGUUUGUGUGUCAAAGCUGCUCAGGCCUCCAUCGAAACAUUGCUCAGAUCAGCAAGGUCAAAUCUCUUAUUCUGGAUCCCUGGAGCCCUUCUGAGUUGGAGUUUAUGGACUCUGUUGGUAACGAUGCUGCCAAAGCCAUAUAUGAACAACUAGUUCCUGCCUUCUACUACUGCCCCACCUUCAAGGAUUGCACGGUCCUGCGGGAUCAGUGGAUCCGAGCCAAGUACGAGAGGAAGGAGUUUUUGUGCGUGGAAAAGCAGGAACCCUACUCGGCAGGCUACAGAGAAGGGUUUCUGUGGAAACGUGGCAGAGACAACGGACAAUACCUCAGCCGAAAAUUUAUUCUGUCCGAGCGAGAGGGCGUGCUUAAAUACUUUAACAAGCAUGACGCCAAAGAGCCUAAAGCGAUUAUGAAGAUCAAUACUUUGAAUGCCACUUUCCAGCCGUCCAAAAUGGGCACUGCCCAUGGCCUGCAGAUAACCUACUUAAAGGACAACAGCACUAGGAAUGUCUUUGUUUACCACGAGGAUGGAAAGGAAAUAGUGGACUGGUUCAAUGCCAUCAGAGCAGCUCGAUUGCGCUACCUGCAGGUGGCUUUUCCUCUAGCUCUAAACUCUGAGCUUCUGCCAAAGGUAACCAGAAACUACCUAAAAGAGGGCUACAUGGAGAAGACUGGUCCAAAGCACACAGAGGGCUUCAAGAAGAGGUGGUUUACGAUGGAUGACAGGAGGCUCAUGUAUUUCAAGGAUCCACUGGAUGCCUAUGCACGUGGUGAGGUCUUCAUCGGUAGUCAGGAAAAUGGCUACAUUGUGCUUCCCGACCUUCCUUCCACCAUCCAGGGUCACCAUUGGCCAUUUGGAAUAACAAUAGUGACCCCAGAUAGGAAGUUCCUCUUUGCAUGUGAGACCGAAGUGGAGCAGAAAGAAUGGAUCACUGCUUUCCUUACAGUUAUUAACAGACCAAUGCUGCCUCAGGAGUAUGCAGUGGAGGCAUAUUUUAAGCACAAACCGUGAUGAGGACGAAGAACUUGGUGCAGGGUGAGGAAUAUAGAAACUGCCGCUGGAAGAAGAAAAAAACCUUGACAUCUUGUAAUAGAAGACGAAAACUGAAGGCUCACAUAGAAAAGAGCCUCACGGUGAUACAGCUUUGAUUAUUUGGCAUUCCAGCAGUUACCCUUUUGUCUCUGCCCGUUGUCUUCGUCAGCCUCACCUACAUGAUGUGUCAGACACGUUUCGUGGGGAGCCAUGAAUGUUAGCUAACUCAUCUGCUAUGUGGUCUGACUUACUUUCAUACUUGAAACAGGACAGUAACACUGAAUGUGCAGAAGCAUGUGUGUGUGUGUCUGUAUACCUUGAGUUAGAACUGUUGCUGCUCGCGAGAUUUCAGUGUAGUGUUCUGUUAUCAGUAACAAGAUUACAUUUCAGAUGUAUGAACUGCAAGUUUCUGACCAAUUAUAUGCAGACCAAAACAGAUUUAUCUGACAUAAAACUGCAUGUCAACAUCAUUAAGGUGGUAUACAUACAUUAUUUUAUAUUAGACUCUCUGUAAAAAUGUGUAAUUCUGAAUGUAUUUAUUUUUUUUUUUAAACUGUCUCAUUUUCUAUGUGCCACACAGGUAGAAUAAACAAUUUUUGCUUUUUUUUGUUAACACACAUGUAAUUAAUGUAACAGCUAAGUACUGCCUAGCCUUACUGCUUCUUCUAUUUUAUACAACUAUUUAAAUAUUUCCUUUAUGUCAUGGGUUAUUAUCCAGCAGAGGGAGACAUAGGAAAGGCUUUAGACUGAAAAAGGCUCCAGCGGCUUAACUUCAUCAAACCAGUGAUUGCUGGUCUACACUUUAAGUGAUUUGUGAAAGCAGCCCUGGGAGAAAGGCACAAGGAGGUUUGAGCACUACUUUCAUUGGACUGUCGCACAUUUUGCUCAAACCUGAAGAGCUGACGUCAAUCAGCGUGAACACGCACAUGCUCUCUGCUGCACUCAGUGAUCUGUAAUUGCAUGCUUUGUAUUGUGUAACUGUCCAAGAAGAGAAUUUGUGUAAGAGAAUCUGAAAUGUGAUGUAUACAUAUUUUUUUUUUUAUUGUAGUUUUAAGUUACAAGAAAGAAGUUACACACUGAAAGGUAGUAAACCCAAUAAACAAUACUCUUAACUUCAAGGCUAAAAAAAAGGAAACAUGGGCAUGUACAGUAAGUGCAGUACAGUAUGUGGUUUCUGUGACUGAGAUCGAGUCUUUCUAAGCAACAGUAUAUAAAAUGACAUCUGUGAUUCUUAUAUUAAUUAUAAGUUAAAUACUGUUAACCGAUUAAAGGUGACAUACUGCUCAAAAUGUUAAGAAAACAUGGCACUAUAUACCCAAUUUAUAUACGAAUGUACAGAAAACACAUACAUGCAGUACUGUGCAAAGGUUUUGAGCCAUCGGUCAUUUCCUUUUAUUCUACUUCCAAAGACCCAGACUUUGUUUUAAGGUGGUCUUGAGGAUUAGCUCUCCAGGUUUUCUGCUAUGUUUUUCUGGAGAUUGGCUGCAUUUUCACCCAUUUUCAGUCCAAUUCUUGUACCUGACAUCACAAAAUAACGUUUUGUCGCUUUUUGCUAUAAAAAAAAUGAUUUAAAUUAUUGAAGCAUUUAAAAAGGCACAAACUAACGCAACUCAAAGGAUGAAGGCAAAAGGCUUUUUAAAAAUUGUAUCUUUAGCCCAGAUGUUACUGUUGCAAAAACACACCGGUUGUUCCCAUUUCUUUAGUUGAAUCCAAAAAUGCCAAAGAUAAACAAAGAUGGGCAUAAAAAUAGUAUUCUUGCAUCAACAAAAUUUGAUUUCUCAAGCGCUAUAGCUGAAAACCUAGCAAAUCUCAGCAUAGUGUGCUGUAUGUCCUUAAAAAUACUGAGGAAACUGGAUAAGUAGAAGAAGAAGCAGACGAACAGUAUUUGAAGGUCAGGGUGGUGAUAUUAUAUUAUAUAACAAAUGGACUGAAAAUCAGGUUUGAAGUGAUGAAUGCAAAUUUGAAAUUUUUGGUUAAACUGAUUAAUAUGUAUUAAGGAGGUCAGGAGAUAUCUACAACAGUGAGCAUCUACAGCCAAGUGUAAAACAUGGUGGAGGUUCUGUCAUUGUCUGAUGCUGCAUAUAAGCCAGGGGUGUUGGCUUCAAUUUGUAGCAUGGUAAUGAUCCCAAACACACUGCCAAGAUUGGAGGUCAACUUUACGGAAGCAGUGUGGGAUCAUCUUAACAAAAAACAGAACAAAAGGCAUCCAACAUCCAAAGAAGAGCUUCAAAUGUCCUUCCAGACGCCUGAAGAACUAUUCCCAAUGAUUAUCUAAAGAGAUUUCAAGCUUGUUAGAAUUCUAUGAUCUCUGUGUUUGACUUAUAUACAGUAUUUCUAUGUAUGUUUGCACGUUUCGAUAAAUCACUGCAGCUAUUUCCCUGCAAAAUAUAAAGAAAUGAGAGGUGGCUCAAAACUCAGCAUUUAAAUAUGCUGUCAUGAUUUGCAUGGAUUACAAAAACAAAAACAAAAAAGAAACAAACAGAGAAAUAAAAUAAAAAAAAAAUUACAUAUGUUUCAUGUACAAUA